GACCACUGCUGGGCCCAGGGAGAAACUCGCGCUGCUGGCCCGGACCCCCCGCCCGACCGCGCCAAAUGGUACGGCCCGGCCCGAGUUAAAGCCUGGGGAGGCCGCGCGUCCCGAGGCGGCGGCGGCGGCGAGAUGGGGCUGCGCGCAAGGGGAGCGUUGAGCAGGGCGAGCGCAGGCCGGGGGGCACCCGAGGGUCCCGGACCCAGCGGCGGCGCUCACAGCGGCAGCAUCCACUCGGGCUGCAUCGCCGCGGUGCACAACGUGCCUCUGAGCGUGCUAAUUCGGCCGCUGCCGUCUGUACUGGACCCGGCCAAGGUGCAGAGCCUCGUGGACACGAUCCGGGAGGACCCAGACAGCGUACCCCCCAUUGAUGUCCUCUGGAUCAAAGGGGCCCAGGGUGGUGACUACUUUUACUCCUUUGGGGGCUGCCACCGCUAUGCAGCUUACCAGCAGCUACAGCGAGAGACCAUCCCUGCCAAACUUGUUCAGUCCACCCUCACGGACCUACGUGUAUACCUGGGGGCAUCCACACCAGACUUGCAGUAGCAGCUUCCUUGGCACCUGUCACCACCUUCAAGAGCCCAGAAAACACAUUUGACCUCCAGCAGGCUGGACAUGUAGGAGUAUCAGGGAGUGUAUUCUUUUUGCACCUGGGGAAAGGGUCUGACUCUGAUCCCCCUUAGCCAGCUGCAAGGCCUUGGACUCAUUCUGAACAAUGUGGGAGCCCCAAUCCCUACCUCUGUGAAAAUAGGGUUUUAACCUUACUCUUGAUGGAUUAUUGAGAGGAUGAAAUGAGAAAGGGUUUGCAGACCCACAUGCUGCUGGUUUCACAUUCCUAAGGACAAGAAUAGUAACUUGUUGUAUGGACUACUUUCAGCUAUAAGUAAAGGAAAAUCUUGGUUGCAGUGGCUUAAACAGGGGGUUGUUUUUCCACCUAGCAUGAAUUCUGGAGAUAGGUGGCUACUGGUAUUGGUCCAACAGUUCAGCAAAGGUAGAGUUUAUAUCUCUACAGUUCUUUUGUUUUGCCUUCAUUGCUUAAUACUUCAUGGUCACAAGAUGGCUGCUAUAUCUCUAGAAAUCAUGUCUGUGUUCAAGGAAGAAAGAUGGGGGGGAAGAGAAAGGGCCAAGCUAGCUGAACCUGUCAACCCUAUCAGAAAGUAAAACCUCUGUCAGAAACCUGUCUGCUGCUGUCUCCCCCUGCAUACUUUGACUUGGAUCUCCUUGGUCUGAGUCAGCUACCUUUGCUGUUUCCAGCUAUAAAGAGGGCAGAGGACAGCAGAAUUGUCACCCUUGGGUAGACCAGUCAUGUUUCAUCUACUGACACUGGCACACUUCCUCCUGAAAUAAAACUGGGAUCCCAUUACCAAGAGAGAAAUGAGGAAUCAUGUAUCAGCCUUUGCUGUAGAACAAUCCAUUCCAAAACUUAGGUUGGCAAUUUGGGCUGGACUCAUCUGGGCAGUUCUGCUGGUCUUGCCCAGGAUUCCCUUGUUAGGCUAUGGUCAGCUACCAUAUCAGCUGGGCCUGGAUGGUUUGGGAUAGCCUUAUUCAUUUGUCUGGCAGGUGACAGGCUUAGACUGGGGUCACUUUGUUCUCUCCCACGUGUCCUCCAGCAAUGCAGCUCAGGCUUAUUCACAUUAUACCUUCAGGGUUACAAAAGAGUAAGAGUGGAAGCUGUAAGACUUCUUGAGUUUUGGGCCUGGAACUAGGACAGUGGCUCUUCUGCUGAGUUCUUUUGGUCACAGCAAAUCAGGGCUCUGCUGAGAUUUAAGGGAUGGGAAACAGACUACACCUCUUUAUAUGUCCUGGUGGGAGAAGCCACAAAGAACUUGUGACCAUUUUUCAUCUAUCACAAAUAAUUUUGGUUGGUCUCUAUCUCUCUGUCUCUUUCUCUCUAUGUAUGUCUCUGCCAUAGGGCUUCACUCUGCCCAGUCUGAAGCCACUGAGAUGUUUCCCUGGCCUUCAGGGUCUAGGGGAAGAGAUGAUGGGCCAGGAAGUGGGUUUCUGCAAGACCUGGACCAACUCCGGUAAGGGUAUCUCAUUGUCUGCCCUGGUGGGAUGAAGAUAGGCUUGUGGGAGUAUUCCAGGGGGGAUUCUGAAAAGCAAGAGUCCUGGGGGGAAAGAGACAGAUAGAGGAAGGAUUCAGAUUGAGUGGGCCUUGUUCUCAUUGCCCUCUAAGAGAACCUAGUCACUUGACAUUUUUAAGUCUCAAUUUCCCUGGCUCAAUAACAAGGACAACAGCUUUCCCACCCAUUCUCUGUCCCAGGGAAAGAUAACUGAGGGAACCAAUAAUAGAACUGAAAAGGGAUAUAUUCCUAAAUGUGAUGUGGUUUCUGGAAUUGGAUCUUGGAACAAGAACAGGACAUUAGUAGGAAAACUGGAAAUCUGAAUAAAGUCUGGAUUUUAGUUA